CUAAAUAUCUCGUACUCUCUCUUUCUCUCUCUCUAAAAGUCGGUCUUGUUUGCCUAACAUAAAUUUCUCCAGCCACUCGUUAUCUUACAGCACUGUUCCUCCAUCCUCCACCUAAAACCCUAACCUUUUGCAUCCAUCCGCGUUCUUCUUCUCUCAUUUACUCCACAUCUUUCCCUCUGCCCAUACUUUGUACUUAUUAGGGUUCAUUUUCCUCUCUUGGUUUCUGACAAUCGGAGCUUUUAUCCUUUUUCGGUUCCUUCUCUGUUGCAUUCUUGAUUUGCGUCCAUUAGGGGAUGGGUUGAGCUUAACAAUCGUGCUGACCUCAUGGAGUGGGACAGCAAUUCUGAUCUGAGCGGCGACGAGGAGGAGGGAGGGUUUCUUUUGAACGAUGGAGGGCCCUUUCCUUUCCCAAUCGACAGUUUACUUCAACCGGCGCCUUGUGGCUUCGUUGUCACAGACGCUUUGGAGCCUGACCGUCCCGUAAUUUAUGUCAAUUCCGUGUUCGAGAUGGUUACUGGUUAUCGUGCUGAAGAGGUCCUCGGUCGGAACUGUCGUUUUUUGCAAUGCAGAGGUCCAUUUGCAAAGAGAAGGCAUCCACUUGUGGACUCAAUGGUUGUUGCAGAAAUAAGAAAAUGCCUUGAUAAAGGGGUUGAAUUCCAAGGAGAUUUACUCAAUUUUAGGAAAGACGGAUCCCCACUUAUGAACAAAUUGCGGUUAACCCCAAUAUUCGGCGAUGACGAUAUUAUAACACAUUAUAUUGGGGUACAGUUCUUCUCCGAAGCCAAUAUUGACUUGGGUCCACUGCCGGGAUCUUCUACUAAAGAAUCUACAGGAUCCUCUGAUCCUUUCCAAUCAUCUCUUGUUUCGUAUAAACCAAAUUUAGAUCUAAACCGAGGCUUUGCUCGUGGAUCUUGCAGUAUCAUGCAGUUGAGCGAUGAAGUUAUGUCUAUGAAAAUUCUAUCCCGGUUGACUCCACGAGAUAUAGCAUCUGUUGGCUCUGUCUGUACACGUUUCUAUGAGCUAACACGAAAUGAGGAUCUAUGGAGAAUGGUUUGUCAAAACGCUUGGGGAAGUGAAACUACUCGCGUUCUAGAAACAGUGCCUGGAGCAAAACGACUCGGGUGGGGUCGACUUGCUAGGGAACUCACCACUCUUGAAGCCGCAGCUUGGAGAAAGGUGACUGUCCAAGGUGCUGUGGAACCUUCUCGAUGCAAUUUUAGUGCAUGUGCGGUUGGAAACAGGGUUGUUCUUUUUGGCGGAGAAGGAGUUAAUAUGCAACCAAUGAACGAUACUUUCGUAUUGGACUUGAAUUCAAGCAAACCAGAAUGGCAACAUAUUAAAGUAAGCUCUCCUCCUCCCGGCCGAUGGGGCCAUACUCUAUCGUGCAUGAAUGGUUCCAAUCUAGUUGUAUUUGGAGGCUGCGGGACCCAAGGUUUACUUAAUGACGUUUUCGUUUUGGAUUUGGACGCAAAGCAACCGACUUGGCGAGAAAUCUCGAGCUUGGCUCCUCCGCUACCGAGAUCAUGGCACAGCUCAUGCACACUGGACGGUACAAAGCUAAUAGUCUCCGGUGGUUGUGCUGAUUCCGGGGUUCUCCUCAGCGACACCUAUCUACUCGACCUAUCAAUGGAGCACCCUAUUUGGAGAGAAAUCCCGAUGUCGUGGACACCUCCUUCGCGUUUAGGUCACACGCUCUCCGUUUACGACGGAGAGAAGAUUUUGAUGUUCGGAGGCCUCGCCAAGAGUGGGCCCCUCCGGUUUCGCUCAAGCGAUGUGUUCACGAUGGAUCUUAGCGAGGAUGAACCGUGUUGGAGAUGUGUGACCGGAAGUGGAAUGCCAGGGGCUGGUAAUCCCGGGGGUAUAGCGCCUCCCCCAAGGCUCGAUCAUGUUGCGGUUAGCCUCCCGGGUGGUAGAAUACUUGUUUUUGGUGGGUCGGUGGCGGGUCUUCAUUCCGCAUCGCAACUUUAUAUUCUUGACCCGACCGAUGAAAAACCCACAUGGAGGUUAUUAAACGUACCGGGUAGGCCACCUCGAUUCGCGUGGGGACAUAGCACUUGUGUUGUUGGAGGAACAAGGGCGAUUGUGCUCGGUGGUCAAACCGGGGAGGAAUGGAUGCUGAGUGAUCUACAUGAGCUGUCACUAGCUAGUUCGGUUAUUUGAAAUGGAAGAACCCAAUCAAUACCUUGUAUGGAUUAUUUUUUAUGAUCCGAUUCGUUUUGUGGUUAAAAAGAAACAUGUUUUAGGUAUGUUCUUAUGGGGUAUUGGUUGGUGGGUUGUGUAAAUGUAGGCAUAUAUUGUUAUAGUAGGCUAUUUUGUCGCUGAAAAAAAGGGGUUCUACAAUGAGACAGAUGACAUGAGAAUGGAGAAAGAGCGGAAGUCUGUAAAUAUUGAAUGAAUGGGAUACUUCUACGGUUUGGUUCUACAUGGUGGUGAAGGGACUUGAUUUUUACCUAAUAGCAUAUAUUGGUGGAAAGGUUGGUUUUUAAUUCAUAGUUUUAGUAUUGUUUGUGGAUGAAUUUUGAUUAUUGGCCUUUGGGAUAUAUAAUGCAUUUCUUUUUUCCAC